ACGAAGAAGAAGAAGAAGAAACACGGAACUGCGGAGGAGGCGCGCUUUGCAAGAAGGGAACUGGAAAACUUGGAACACAGUUAAUUUUACGUCAGUCCAGAGUCAUGUCACGACAGAUGGGAGACAGCCAGCGCCGCUUUCUACAGACCAUGAUGGCGUGUGGCAUCGUUGAUGAGCCCGGGGCACGGAGGCUCUAUCAGUAUUGUUGUGAGACCCACAACACACAGCAAGCCCCCGACCAGCUGGAUGAUUUCAUCGACACCAUCAACUCAAAGCUGCAGCCUUUGUUCAUGCAGAUUAGGAAAGGGAUUUCUGAAGACAGCGGUCACCAGUACUACGCCUUGGUAAACAUGGCAGUGACUGAUGUCACCAGGAUGUCUUCAGAUUACGCCGACAAUGAGCUGGAGCUGUUUGUAAAAACGAUGGACCUGAUCGUGGGCUCUGAUAACGGCAGCGCGUCCUCCACAGACAUUUUAAACAGCGCCGACACCCUGACCAGUAAAAAGCUGAAGAAGAGCGAGACGGAGCACCUCCUGAACCGACUUGUGCACGACAAAUGGCUGAAUGAGAAAAGGGGGGAGUACACUCUAUCCACCAGAUGUAUUAUUGAGAUGGAGCCGUACAUCCGCACGAUGUAUCAGGACCAGGUCAAGGUGUGCCACAUCUGUCACAACAUCGCCAUCCAGUGCCAAAUCUGUGAGAAUCCUACAUGUGGAAUCAAAAUACACAACCCGUGUGUGGCGAGAUACUUCAAAGGCCGACCCGAGCCGCGCUGUCCGGCGUGUGAGGACUUCUGGCCUCAUGAGAUCCCAGAAGUCCGGCGGCCACUCUCUCAGUCCAGAAGAUGAACAUGUCUGCAGAAAAAGUUGUUUCUGUUGAUUUCUGUUUUAACAACUUUAUUUUCAACCAAACUGUAAAUAUAAAAAUGUUGUGUUUAUUUAAAAAAAUAAAACGAGCCACUGAGAAGUAAUGCUGAUGUUGUUCU